AUGGAGAUCAGCUGUGUGUUGCUGGGUGUAAUGCUGGUUGCUAGUGUGACACCAGUGUCGGCUGCAGCACAGCCCGGCUUCAUAGAGACCCUUCUAUUGGCCACCCAUCAGCGUCCCUGGCUCUGGAGUGUCUAUGUCUUCACCGUUGGACUUCCUAUCAUUCUUUUCAUUAGCUUCAUGUGGCCUGACAAGAGGUUUGGUCCCCCUGAUCAACAAUAUUACUAUAAGAAGUCUGAUGAUGCUCAACCAGAUGAUCCUGAGUCCUCACAGCAGACAGAAUCAAUGGAUAUUAAAGGAAAGGCUGACAGAGCGGUGUCGAGAAGGAGAGAGGCUCAUGGGAACCAGAGGAAGUCUGACUUAGAUCUGAAGGCGUCAAACAGUUGCCAAGAGGAGGUGGCUCGUCUGCAGGAACGGGAGAAGCUUCUGAAGAGCCAGCUUCAGAAACAAGAACUCCUCCUACACAGAUUGCAGCUGCCGAACAAACCUGGCAACAAGGACCAAACCAGAGCAGACCAGAGCCAGGACACCCAGUACACAGACUGCUCCCAGCUGUUCAGUUCUGGCUCCAAAUCCAGUGGUUUCUAUAGCAUCAAACUCCAUGGCAGCCCUGCUCCAGUCAGAGUCUACUGUGAUAUGAGUGAAGGAGGUGGUUGGACUGUCAUACAAAGACGGAUCAGUGGAACAGAGAGAUUUAACAGAUCGUGGGCAGAAUAUAAGGAUGGCUUUGGAGACAUGGAUGCAGAAUUGGGAGAAUUUUGGCUCGGGAAUGACAACCUGUAUUACAUCACAGCACAAGGGAAUUAUUCUCUACGGAUUAACCUUGAAGACUUUGAUGGAAAUCAGCGCUAUGCCGAGUACAAGAACUUCAAAGUGGCAGAUGAAAAGGAUCACUACCAACUUACCUUUGGAGAUUAUGUAGGUACAGCUGGAGAUGCUUUGUCUGGAAGUUAUCAGGUUGGUGUGUCAACGUGGGCCAGUCACCAGGGCAUCAAAUUCAGCACCUAUGACCAGGACAACGAUAACUACAGGGGAAACUGUGCACAGGAAGACAAGGGAGGCUGGUGGUUCAACAAGUGUCACGCGGCCCAUCUUAAUGGCCUGUACUACCCCAAUGGGCACUACAAUGGGCUCACAGAUGAUGGUAUAGUUUGGUACACUUGGAGAGGAUGGUGGUACUCCCUGAAGACCAGCAUCAUGAAGCUGCGUCCCAUCAACUUCAAAAUUGAUGCCAUUGACGACCCCAAUGCUGUUCGUCGCAGUCCACCUUCCUAGAUCAGACAUGAGCACAUAUAAAACAUUCUUGGCUUGAAAACUGCAAAUUGCAAACAGCACUGUAUUAAUUAGUGUAAAACCAUAUUUCAAAUUUUAAAACUUUAAAACACAAAUCUCUUUUUAUAAUCCUCUUUAAUCCCAUCUGGACUUAUUUGCACACUGAACUCUAAUCAACUCCACUAAGGCCUGGUAACAAAUAUACUUCCCAUGUCAUCAGUUUGUAUCUGGAAGGAGAAAAGUGGAAGAUGAACUAAAGAUGCAAUCACCCAAAUGUUUGAAGUUGUCAUAAAUGAAGCUGGACACUUUAACAAUACUGAGAAAAAUUAAAGCAAACAAGAGUUUGGUAGCUUAUAUAGUAAUAUACUCAAAAGAGACAGCACGCUUAGUACGGGUGAAACUCAUUGCCCAUUUUAGAGACAUGAAUGUUUCAAGGGGAAGUAGCAUCUACACACAGCUGUGUGUUUUAGUGGAGGAAAGGGAAAUUUUAUGUCAGCAUGUGUGCCAGACACAGGCAGAAACAUUGGAAUGAAGGACUGAAAGGAGUCAUUGUUAUGUAAGUAAAAAUGACAGCAAGAAGAACUGGAACUGAAAAAUAAAGGUAUAUGACAAAUCAUCUCCUCCUCUUUCCAGAGAACAGUACUUUUGGUGCAUUUCCUCUUUCACUUACAACUGAUAGUUACUGUAACAAGCUUGUGAACAUACAUACAGCUCUAUUUUUCUGCCAUCUGCAUUAUAACCAUCACUGAAGAAAUAAAACAAGGAAACAUUUGCUUUUUUCCAUUGAAUUAUUUCAUAUUGAUGUCUGAA